UGAAAGCUUGUACCAUCACCUCAAACCCACGACUCGCGACAAUUAGUUAACGCAACGCAAAAAUAAAUGCCAUAGCCAAAAUACGCGAGAAAAUAUUAGGGAAAACAUGAAAAUCAUUAAUCACGAGCCAAAUAAAUCAUCGCGUACACUGACCAUUACGUAACGCGCCCAGUUACGUUUUCUUUAAUUUCCCCGCUGACAUUAGGCAUGCAAAGGAUAGCAAUACAACAACUAGCACCCUCACCGUACGCGUGCAGUGAUGAAGAAAAGGAUAGCUGUAUUCAUAUCGUGCGCUCGUGAAACGCCGCAUACGCAUCGCUACGCUGAAAGCUCUCGACUCGAUUAUCUUCAGUCUUGAAUUAAAGCUCAUGGUGUGCGGACGUUUGUAAGUGCAAUUAUUUCUGCAAAAAACUCGCUCGUUUCGACGGAUUAAGGACUAAACCGUAUAGAAGUGUUCGUGGAUUGGUGCUGUAUUCCCGUACCUACUAAGUGACUUUGGUAUCUAUUUUGACAAUUGAAAGUGAAUUUUUCAGACGUUUCAGUGUUUGCGGAUGCCCCGUACGGGGAUUGUAUUCAUUCCGAGAAGCUGAAACUAAUGGAUCCCAACAAGAAGAGCUGAGAUCGUGAAACAUGACGCGGGCCGCCAUUAUGUUUUGGCGCGAAAUGUCAAUCGCUGUCAUUUUCGUUCUUUUGGCAAUGGCUUGCGAGUGUACAGCCCGAGACAUAAAUUUAGACGAAACAAACUCCGUGAGUGAAGCCUCAUCGAACGAGAACAUCCGCCUGGCGUGUGGGCCGAAACCUCGAGGUCCGGUACAGACCAUCAGGUGGUACAAAGACGGGCUACCACUAGACAUUCACGGACGAUUUAUGCAACAGAGGCAGUGGUUAAGAAUAAAAUCAUUCAGAGCAAAAGAUGCUGGUUUAUAUUCUUGCAUCAACGAAGCUAACGACUCGCAGCAAUAUAAUGUCACCAUCAAGCUCAAAGCCGAUGUCUACGAUAUAGAAGAAUUUCAAGGCGAUGCUGCGAAAAUUGUAGACCAAAAUCAGGCAGCGGCACUUGUAGUAGAGAACAACACGAUUGAAGAAUCUGCUACGAAUAAAAAGACGAUUAAAAGAAACGUAACAAGAGUCACUGACAAUAAUAACGAUUCUGACGAUGAAAAGAAAGAAGAUGAUCAUGCAUUUGCUGGCCACAUAGAUGAUACAAAAAAUAAAUUUGCACCAAAAUUUAAGCACCCAUCUAAACUGUAUAACAUGGACAUGAAACCUGCGGGAAGCUCAAUUCAGUUGAAAUGUGCUGCUGAUGGAAAUCCCAUGCCUAACAUAACUUGGUUUAAAAACAACGGCUCUAUAGAAAGGUCUUAUUUCCGACCAAAAUUCGGCAAAUGGUGGAUGUCCCUUGAAGAAUUAUCGAAAACGGACAACGGCAACUACACAUGCCUCAUAUGCAAUGAACUAGGCUGCAUCAGUCAUACGGUUAAUCUUCAAGUACAAGAGCGAUAUCCAUCGAAGCCUUAUAUAAAAGAAGGACACCCAGGAAACAUAACUGCCGUGUUAAACGAUACCGUAACACUGGCUUGCCCGCCAAUAUCAGACUUGGAACCAUUCUUGUAUUGGCUAAAGGCAUACGAUAAUUUCACCGUUGUAGACGGAGAAGUUGGACCAAACGAGCAAACUAUACCAAACGGAUAUGAAAUUCAGAGUGAUGAUCCGGAAGACAAAGCUGAAAUGCUGACCAUAGCUAACGUCACCCAAGAGGACCAGGGUUGGUAUAUUUGCGUGGCCAAGAAUACUUUGGGACAAGCUACAGCCAAAGGAUAUCUGACAGUUUUGGAAUCGAUGCCAGUUCCCGUGGUGCCAGAACAUGCUGGCAAGCACACUCUUCUCGUUAACAUCCUGACAGCUGUGCUCGGCGCUAUGUUCUUUGUCGCUGCCAUAAUAGUCGUAAUGAUAUUUAAGAAGCUGAAACAAGAAAAGAUCAAGAAGCAACUUGCCAUGGAAACUGCGAGGGCAGUCAUAGUGACGCAUUGGACGAAGAAGGUUACAGUAGAAAAACCUCAGAUAGAUGGAUCACCGAGUAGCGCUGAAGAAGCAUUGUUGAUGCCUGUAGUGAAAAUCGAGAAACAGAAACUGCAACAGGUGCAAAGUAACACAAGCGAGUCUAUGGUAAUGUCAGAGUACGAGUUGCCGGUAGAUAUUGACUGGGAGGUACCUAGGGAAACACUUUCGUUGGGCAAAAUACUUGGAGAAGGUGAAUUCGGAAAGGUGGUAAAGGCAGAAUGUGUUGGUAUUUUGAAACCAGGUGUCCAUUCGGUGGUAGCUGUUAAAAUGUUAAAAGAGGGACAUACUGAUGCAGAAAUGAUGGCUCUAGUGUCCGAGAUGGAGAUGAUGAAGAUGAUAGGAAAGCAUGUAAAUAUUAUCAAUUUGCUGGGCUGUUGCACUCAAGACGGCCCACUGUACGUAAUUGUAGAGUUCGCGCCCAAUGGCAACUUAAGGGAAUUCUUGAGGAAUCACAGACCCGGAAACAGGUACGAAUCACCAACAGAAGAUCUAAAAGAUAAGAAAACUCUAACUCAGAAGGACUUGGUAUCAUUUUCAUAUCAAGUUGCAAGGGGAAUGGAAUAUUUAGCCUCAAGAAGAUGCAUUCAUCGAGAUUUAGCCGCACGCAAUGUUCUCGUAUCUGACGACUGCGUGCUCAAAAUCGCCGAUUUCGGGCUCGCAAAAGACGUCCAAAGCAACGACUAUUACAGAAAAAAGACUGAAGGCAGGUUGCCUGUGCGGUGGAUGGCCCCGGAAUCCCUUUACCACAAGGUGUUCACUACGCAAACUGACGUGUGGUCAUUUGGCGUGCUCUUAUGGGAGAUCAUGACUCUCGGCGGCACGCCGUACCCUACGGUCGCAGGUCAAUACAUGUACCAGCACCUGAGCGCUGGACAUCGCAUGGAAAAACCACCAUGCUGUAGUCUUGAAAUUUAUAUGUUGAUGCGCGACUGCUGGUCUUUCAAGCCCGACGACCGGCCGUCCUUCGCAGAGCUGGUAGAGUACUUGGACAAGAUUCUUACAGUCACUGCUAAUCAGGAAUAUCUAGAUCUUGGCCUGCCGCAGUUGGACACGCCACCAUCCAGUUACGACGGGUCUUCAGACGAAGAGAGCGAUAGUGAAUUUCCAUUUAUUAACAAUUAACGAAAUGUACCUCAUUUCGAGGAGAAAAGGACAUACAUACAAAAUCAAAUCCAACCUAUGGAAAUGGUUGACAGCUUAAAUGCUUCGCUUAGCACAAAACGUCGUCGAGUUGUGUUUAAGCAAUGCCAAAAAUAUCUGGAUACAGCAUCAAUUUCAGAUGACAAUGCGGACAGAUUUGUCUAUUUGAAUUUUGGCAACUAGGUAUGACGGUUAACGGGCAUCAGAUUUGGGCAAGUUAAGUUUUUGCUGGACAUUCGUGACCUAUAUAUACCUACAUAUACUAAUUUCUCGGUCAACGAAACUGUAUGUGUUUUAUUUAAGUUUGUUAUGGACGAAAAAUAAUCAUAUACAACGUGUAACUUAAAAAAAAUUGGUAGUGGAAGUACCUCAGCCUCACCUUGUGUAAAAAAAGGUGUGUACAUAUUAUAAUCUAAAGAAGCAAAGGUAUAAUGGAAUCUGGUAACAGUAUUGUAAAUAACCUGAAUGUUACACCUUAUGUUAUGGAUUAUGUUAUAUUUAAUAUUUUAAUUUAGUGUAAAUAAUAUGAAUCUUUAUUUUACAACGUACAUACAUUUAUUUAUUUUACGAUAUAUGUUUAAGUAGUUUCUUAAUUUAAAGAUUGUUUGAUGUGAAAAUGCAGAAGAUAUCGAAAAUAUCCAUGACAAAAAGUAUAUGAAUAGGUAGCAGAAUAUGUAAUAUGUAGGAUCUAGUCUGCAAUUUGGCAUGUAAAUUAUUGUAAAUAUUGAUUUUAGAUUAUAUGAAUAUGAAAUACUCGUAUAAAUUUAUAAAAAAAAUGUGGUCUGUAUUAUCCUUGCUAAAUAUGAGUACCUAACUCAGUAUACAUAAUUAUGGAUGCGGUUUUACAAUGAAUAUGCUGUGGAAUAAAGUGUCCAUGUAUGUUGGUCUACAAAGUCUACAUCAUCAAAUUAAUGCAUAAUAUAUACAGUAGGUAUAGCACUAUGUGUUGUCUAUACCUAUACGAUUUCAAUGAUAUUAAGAAUUAGGUGAUCCUAAUAAUGUAGUUAACAUGCGUUUUGCGGUUUGCCUGAUUUAAUGAGGUACCAUUAUUUUUGUAAUCAGUAGCCAUUUUCCUUGUACCCGUGCAGCUUAUUUAAGAGCAUUUUUUAUAAAAUUAACUGUAAAAUGGCUGGUUGCAUGUGUCAGGAAUUUAAGCAAGUUUAAUAUGGACUAGUACAUUGCAUUUUACCACCAAAAAUGUUUAUUGUUGUACUUAAAUAUUUUAAUUAAAAUUAGUAUUCGUAGGAUAUGUUUAAAUGUAGUAAGGAUUAUCAAUGAAAUUGAUUGUAAAUAUUAUUUAAUAAUUAUUACAAAACCCCGUGUUUACCUUAGAGUCUUGAUACUACAAUAACUUUUGAAAAACAAACGUCAUGUAUGUGUCGCAGUCGGAUCGUAUAAUCCGCCGUAUUACAUUACGGCUAGCCGUUUUCAAAAACAGGGGCGUUUUGAAAUGCGGCGGUUUAACGAUUAGCCGGAUUGAAUGCGGCUGAAUGAGAAUCCGCCGGAAUGUAUUCGGCGCCAUACGUUCUUCAACACGGCUAGCCGUAAUGUAAUACAGCGAGUCAUUAGCCGCCGCUUUGACAGUUUUUAGUUCCCAUUUUUAACACCCGUGGCGCUGCCUGACAAACGCUGGGGUGUCCAUCAAAAAUGGAGUUCGUCGGACUGUUUCUUUUCAAAAAACAUUUCUUUCGCAACUUAACUAGACGGAGCCCCGCUUCGCGGGGCUCCUAUUUCUGAGCGGUUUGCCCUUCGGGCAUCUGAAGCUACCUAACGAACCUAACCUACCUACCUAUUGAUUUAGUGAGACGUCCGUGAAAACAUUACACUUUGGGGAAAAAAGCGUAGGU